AUGAGCACCCCACACAACAGGGUUAAAGGCGUCCAAGGUCUCGACAGCCUAGGAAACCACAUCUACCUAGAGAAGCAAGAUCGUCUCAGAGAUAUUGGCAUCGACAUACAGACCUCCCAGAUCGUCGUAGUAGGCGGCCAAUCCUCCGGCAAAAGUUCACUCCUCGAACUCCUGACCGGCUUCGCCUUUCCCCGAGGCCAGGGUCUCUGUACGCGGUAUGCCACGCAGAUCACACUGCGCAGGAACCCGGCUGUGAGCAUUGUGAUUUCGAUCACGCCAAGGAAUGAUUGUGGUGAGGAGCUUAAGGCGGAGCUGAGAGAGUUUAGGAGGGAGUUGGAGGAGUUUGAUCCGAAGGAGUUGGGAAUGAUUAUUGAGGAUGCUGCUGCGGUUAUGGGCAUUCGUUCCGGUGAUAACAAGGACGACACGUCUUUGCCGAUGUUCAGUGAUGAUAUCUUGAAGGUUGAAAUUUCGGGUCCUGAUCAACCUCACCUUACCGUCAUCGAUGUGCCUGGACUGUUCCAGGUUACCGGGGAUGCAGGAAUCACUGAACUGGACAAGACCAUGGUGGAGAGAAUGGUGAAGAGAUACAUGGCAAAUGAGAGAACAAUUGUUCUAGCAGUUGUACCUGCUCUUUCUGAUCCAGCCACGGAACGCAUCCUUCAGCUGGCCAAGGAAGCCGACCCGUCCGGUGUCCGGACUAUUGGCGUUCUUACCAAAGCCGACUUGGUCUAUGAGAAAGCCGUCCUCAGCAAUUUGCUCAGGCAGGUGCAAAGUAGUACUCUCAAGCUAGGCUACUUCAUUGUUCGUAAUAGAGGUGCCGAUGAAGACGACCUCUCUGUCGACCAAUGCAAGCUUAAGGAACGCGAGCUCUUUCUCAAGCCUCAGUGGAGUGAGAUAACUCGCAUUGGCCGUACUGGAGUUGGAGCUCUCCGCGUUGAGCUUCAGAACUUGCUGAUGGACCUGGCCAAGCGUGAACUGCCGAAGCAGAAGGCUGAAGUCAUGAACAGGCUCUCUGAUUGCCAGGAUAAACAGAGAGAAAUGGGGAUCGCCAGACCGGAUCCUGUCACACAGAGAGAAUACCUUACGAAGCAUGCCUCCAAAUUUGAGCGCAUUUCUCGAGAUGCGCUGGAGGGACGAUAUGGAGUGAACCCAAUCUUCGCCGAAAAGCCCGAACUUAGGCUGAUCACCAAAAUUAUCAGUUUGAACGAAGGGUUCUCAGACCUGAUGUGGAAAAAAGGUCACUUACGCAACUUCGUGGGUAGCACUCCCAAGGAAAAGACGAGUAGAUACGACGCCGACGGCUCCGAACAGUUCGAGUACGAAAAACUGGCAAACGAAGCCCAUGGUGUCGCUUCUUCGUUCCCAGAACUCAGGAAUGUCUUCCCCAACGACAGUUUUGAGUGCGAACCCCCUUCAGAUGAUCCGAUCAUGGAACACAUCGGGCAAUGCCAUCAGGAGAGCAGAGGUCCGGAGCUCGGAACGUUUGGCGGAUCGAUGCUCCCCAUCACCUUUCGCGAACAAGCUCGAAAAUGGGCUCCGAUUGCCGAGGCCCACGUCCGUACGGUAAUCAUCAUGGUCCACUGCUUUAUCAAGCAACUGCUCUCCACCGUCUUUGUCGACGAGCGCAUGCGCGACGAGCUCUGGGAUUCAGUGCUUCUCGAUACGCUUGUGAACGCCUACAGCCGUGCCCUGCGCAAGGUUGACUACCUCAUCGGCAUCGAGCUCCGGAGUUGCCCAUCAACGUACAACCAUUAUUUCGCCGAUAACAUGCAGAAGUCGCGCACGGAGAGGUUGGAGGCCCAAGUCGCUGUUCUGGAGAAGGAAAACCAGGCUCAUGAGGAUAGCGCACCGGUAAACACAAGGGCCGAGCUGAAGAAGAUGGUCAGAGAGAAGAGCAACGCUGAGCAGGUCAAGGAGGAUAUCCACGACACGCUGAAGAGCUAUUACAAGGUGGCCAGAAAGCGGUUCGUCGAUGUCAUGUGCCAGCAGGCUAUUGACGACCACUUGCUGAACGGGGAGGAGAGUCCACUGAGGAUUCUGACGUCGGAUAUGGUGGCCAAGAUGAGCGAUUCGCAACUGGAUCGGAUUGCGGGAGAGGACGCCGCUACAAAGAGAGAGAGGAAGAUGCUCGAAGAUGAGAUUGCGGGGUUGAAUACUGCCUUGGAUGUUCUGCGAAGCUGA